CUUCCAUUAUCAUUUGCGCUCAAGUUGUCCUGCGGAACGGAUUGUUCUUUCGGGUUUUCACGACGCGUCGGAAGUUUCGGAGCUCGCUUGGUGUGUCAGCAGGAUCCUCCUUCCCCCAUUUCUGUGGGAGUGCUGUUGGUAGUGCGUUAAUUACUGUGCCGAAGUGUGUAUAGCGGUCGGGGGGCGCGCGAGGGAAUCCGGAUGUUAUUUUUUGGCGAAUUGAAGAGGAAAAAGUUGUGCAUUCUGUAGCCAGGAAUCAUCUUGUUUACCAGUCGAUUCCGGUUUUUCUGCUGCUGGUGAUACCUCUUAAAAAAGUGGCAAACCAAUAAUCAUUUGUGUCCGGCUUGCUCCAAGUGGAAGAAAAUCUUAAGGGUGCGGUACUCUGGAAGAGAGGAGCAACAGUGUGCUGUUGCCGCAGAAAGAGACGAAGAAGCAGUCAGAGUUACAGGAUCACGUGAAAGAACGAAAGAAAAAGCUAACAACAAAAAUUGCAACCUGUCGUGUACCGCCAUUCGUGUGAUUUUAGUCAUUCCCAGUUUGACAAGUGUGAUUCAGUACCGAGUUAUUGUACGAAUUCAGCUGCUCUGCUCAUGAGUUGUCUCUGUGUCGUUUAAGAUAAGGGAAGCAGAAAGGUAAAUAAAACCUAGCUAGUGCUAGAGCUUGUUGUUUGAAGAAAAUUCUAAAGAAACCUUCGGGGUGACCGGGUUUUUUUUCUGUCGUACCCAACUGCACAAGUUAAGUCCGCACCGAGAAGAGCCAGACCAGAAAAAAGCCUUUUCCUCUUCCGCUGAGUGCGUGUUUGGAAAGUAUCUUUGAAGAAUCGAACUUAACCCGACCCGGAGCAAAGUGGAACGUAAUUGUUUGGCGGUGGAAGAGAAGAAAAAAGCAACCGGAAAAAAGGAUCUGCUGAGAUCAAACCGCUGCUCGGUGAAGGUGUCUGUUUUUGCGAGGGUAAAAAAGGUGCCCCAAAGAUAACCGCCAACGGGACAGAAAGUUAGAGAGUGCAUUUUUUGUGCCGCGUUCGGAAAAGAUAAAUCUAUACAGCCAGUGAAAAAAAAGGAAGAGUUUCGGGCUUGUAGCUUUGGGUAACUUGAUACCUCGUAGGUACCUACACAGAAAGUGAUUCGAGUUGAGAUGGCGGAAGCCGCCGGUCCAAACAACAACACGGCCCAGGCCCAGGCUCCCGGAGGUGGUGCCGGGGGAGGUUCCGGGGCAGCAGGGGGCGGGGCCAACAACAAUGGCGUCGUUAACACGAACCCGAACGCCGAGGUCAUUCGUGGUCAGUUGUUCGAGGUUGGACCUCGUUACACCAAUCUGGCCUACAUCGGAGAAGGAGCCUACGGGAUGGUUGUCUCUGCAGAGGACACCGUGACGCGGACGAAAGUGGCCAUCAAGAAAAUCUCCCCCUUCGAGCACCAGACCUACUGUCAGCGGACGUUGCGGGAAAUCAAAAUUCUCACAAGAUUCCGACACGAAAAUAUCAUAGAUAUCAGAGAUAUCCUCCGGGUGCCUAGUAUAGAACAGAUGAAGGAUGUAUAUAUUGUGCAGUGCUUAAUGGAGACUGAUCUAUACAAAUUGCUGAAAACACAGCGACUAAGUAACGAUCAUAUCUGCUAUUUCUUGUACCAAAUUCUUCGUGGGCUCAAAUAUAUCCACUCGGCGAAUGUGCUGCACCGAGAUCUUAAGCCGAGCAACCUGCUGCUGAACACUACUUGUGACCUAAAGAUUUGUGAUUUUGGACUAGCCCGAGUGGCGGACCCGGAGCAUGACCAUACCGGAUUUCUCACGGAGUACGUCGCCACCAGAUGGUACCGGGCACCGGAAAUCAUGCUAAACUCCAAGGGCUACACAAAAUCCAUUGACAUCUGGUCCGUGGGGUGCAUCCUGGCGGAAAUGCUCAGCAACCGGCCCAUCUUCCCGGGCAAACACUAUCUGGACCAGCUGAAUCACAUCCUGGGCGUGCUGGGAUCGCCCUCGCAGGAAGACCUGGAGUGCAUCAUCAACGAGAAGGCCCGCAGCUAUCUGCAGUCGCUGCCAUUCAAGCCGAAGGUCCCCUGGAACAGGCUGUUCCCGAAUGCCGAUCCCAACGCGCUGGAUCUGCUCGGCAAAAUGCUGACGUUCAAUCCGCACAAGCGAAUCUCCGUCGAGGAAGCGCUGGCCCAUCCUUACCUGGAACAGUACUACGACCCCGCCGAUGAGCCCGUCGCCGAGGAACCAUUCCGCAUCGCCAUGGAGCUGGACGACUUGCCAAAGGAGACGCUGAAGCGAUUAAUCUUCGAGGAGACGCUUCGAUUCAACCACAACGAUACCCUGCCGGAUAGCAUGUAAUUUCCUGGCGGUGGCGGCGGUCGACGGCAGAACCGUUUUUCCCAACAACUACAACUACAACAACACCUUCAUCGGGCACCUGCCGAAAAACUGCCCCGCUGAUAGCCUCCUUACCUUGAGAACGAACGUUGAAGGAAAACGAAACGUUGCCUGACGUGGUACAGCAGCAGCAGCAGUUCAUUCACGGAAAACCAAAUUGAGACGAAGAAAACGGAAACUAGCAAGCAUAACUACCAUUGAUACUAUCUUCAAGCUGCACACACAGAACAACUCACAACGGCCGGAGUUCAAUUUUUCUGUAGAAAUUUAUCAUUUUUACUUUACUUUGCUGCAAUAUUUCCAUCUGCUGAAGCAUGUACGUGUUAGAUUGUGUGGGUUCGUGUGUGUGAUUUAGUGUGUUCGUACGAGCACCACUCGGUUGUGUUGUGUCUAUUAGCAUGAAGGCGGAGUUCCGGUUCCGGUCUACAUGUUCCCUCUUAUAUCCACUAUGACUAUUAUAGUGCCCUAGAAUUGAUGCAUUUGGAAACUGGUUCACAGCCAGUUGUGGAGGCAGGCAGACAGGAGUCCCGGAAAGUAUCUAGACCGUAGGACGUUCACCGGUGCUAUCCUUGGGAGCAUUUCAGGAGAAUCAGGUUGCUGCCACAAGACAACAGAUGAAAAUAAGAAAACGCAAAUGACUGAAUGUAGGAAAUCAUUGGUAGCAGGCCAUGAAGCAUCACAAGAUUUUUUUUCCCUGUUUGAUUUAUCACCACCGCAGCACAUCAUCUCUCCCAUUGAACCCAUCGAACAGGCAAUCAAUUGCUGUUGUUUUGCCUUGCAUAUACAUAGAUACAUACACAUAAAUGGAAAUCAAUCAACGUAAACGGUAAGCGUAAAAUAGUUCUAGCAGAUAAUGUGUAUGAUCAAAUGAGGAUAAUUAUUUUAAAAGAAAAAUUCAACAAUGAAUAAUGCAAAAAUAAGGAGAAAAACUACACAACAGUAUAAACGAAUCGUCAAAAACAAACACUAGGUUACUGCAAUUGCUCUGCAAACAACAACAACAACAAUGUUUUUGUUAAUGAUUUGUUUCGAAUGCUUUGGAUAAUCACUACCUAGUAUUGUAUAAAUUUGUAUCCCUAGGCUGAUUUUCUCCCGCACCCGCAUUGCGGUUUAGUAAAUUGAAACCCUAGUUAUUACCGCAUAUCAUGGAAGCAAGUUACAUUUUAAAUCUAUAAGCAAAAGUAAAAGUAUUGUUUUUUAAGUUUUACUAUCCCAAGCAUGUUCGAGGAACCGAGUAAUUAUUUUACACAAGAUCAAAUCAAAACUGUGUAGUAGGGCAAGUGAGCUCCAUACAUAAAUAACAUAAUUCUAGCCAAUCAAUCAACUUUGCAGUGUCUUUUUUUUGUUGAACUGACCAUGAUGGUAGUUUAUUUUUUGUAAGAUAGUAACUAGCAAAUCAACAGUUUUUAUAGUCGAUUUUUUUUCAUCCGAGUGAAAUUGUGAAUGUUUGUUUCGAGACAUAAAAAACAUUGUAAUCAGGCGCAAUUUGGAAAAGUCACAGAAUAAAAAACUGAAAAAGAUAACGAAAAAACCAACGUGUGGUAGUUGUUCUUCGCCGCGGUUGAGAGAGGUAAUUGGAACGCAAUAGUCUGAUUAGAGAAUGUCAAAAUCUUCGAAAAAGGAAAGUUUAUUUCACGUUUUUUGUGUUAAUAUUCUAAAACAUGUAAAAAAACACCUAAAAUUUCACCUAAAAGAAAAGAAAUGAAAUCGGACAAAAUCAUCGAUCAAUAUUGAUGGGGUUCCUUGAUGUGGUUAAAUUGUGUGUGUCAACACAAAAAAAUUGUUCCGUACGCUUUUAUGAUUUUUGUACAUUGUCCGAACUUAUCCGAUAGCAAUAUUUUUGAAAUAUCGUUCCUAACAGAAGGCGUUCGUUUUCGGUGAACACAUAAUCUUGCAUCAUCGUAAAGUGUUCACUUGUACGUGUUGAUGUUGUUUUCUUGGUUAAAACUGUUUUUUUUUUUGUUUCAAAAUCGAAUCAAAUGUGAAAUUUUGACGCCUCUUUUCAACAGGCAGCUAUUAGGAUUUGGUGUGCAACACAAGCUGCAUCCCGGGUGGCACUAUUUUCGAUGGACGACACGGGGAAUUUUCUUAGUAUUCGUAGUUGAAUUCAAAUUUAACUUGAAUUUAAUCCAAACUGGAUUCUGAGUCAAUAUCGAUAUCAAUUUCUGAGCUACAUUUAAAAAAUUCUCAAUUUAUUUUUUCGAUUUUGGGGUAUGCAUACUAAGGUCUUUUUUAACGCGGUUUGAUUUUGCUCAGUUUUUCAAACACGGCAUCUUUUUACGCGGUUUUUUGCCAUGGAUAUGAUUCUUCUACACGGCUCUCGCGAAUCAACACGUUUUUCGAGCGAAAAUAUUCCAAGUCCUUUACGUUAACGACGAAAUUUUUACCGUGUUAAAAAAAAACCUUAGUGUAUUGUCAAAUGUAAGGCUUGUAGAGGGUGAUACGGUCAAAAUUUGGUCAAGGGAAAUCGCGUUUAAAUCGGUGAAAUCGUUUAUUUAAAAAAUCAAAUUAAUUCUCUUUUUCAAGUUUAAUUAGUAUAAAAUUCAGGAAAAAUAUUCAGUUAGGCUUCCGCUUUUCCAAAUCCGAAUUGCCGGGCCUUACGCUUAACCCCUGCCAUCAGAUUUUGUACAGCCACCUUGUCCACCUUCUUCGCCGCAGAAAGCCAGUUUGCCUUGAACUGCUGCUCGUCCUUAGCAGUUUUUUUGGUCUUCUUUAGGUUCUGCUUGACAAUAACCAAGAUUUUUAUCAAUUGGGCGGAGCUCUGGCUUAUUGGGAGGGUUCUUGUCCUUGGGACCUGCACGUUGUUGGCGCGUACCACUCCAUGGCCUUUUUACCGUAAUGGCAAGAUGCCAAAUCCGGCCAAAACAGUGCGGAAUAACCGUGUUUCUUCAGGAAAGGCAGCAGACGUUUAUUCAAACACUCUUUCACGUAAAUUUCUUGGUUGACAGUCCCGGAAGCUAUAAAAAUACUGCUUUUCAAGCCACAGGUACAGAUGGCUCGCCAAACCAGAUAUUUCUUCAAGAACUUUGACAGUUUCAUGUGCUUGAAAAUAUCUGCUACCUUUCACUUUCCUUUUGCCGUAUAAAACUCCUGUCCCGGAAGCUGCUUGUAGUCGGCUUUGACGUAGGUUUCGUCGUCCAUUACCACGCAGUCAAACUUCGUCAGCAUCGUCGUGUACAGCCUCCGGGAUCGCGCUUUGGCCGUCGUAUUUUGUUUAUCAGCGCGAAUUGGAGUCACUACCUUCUUGUAAGUCGAUAGUCCGGCUCGUUUUUUGGCUCGAUGCACGGUUGUAGACGAUACACCCAGCUCAUUUGAGGCAUCUCGGAGAGAGAGGUUAGGGUUUCGCUUGAAACUACCGGCAACUCUCUUUGUCGUCUCAGCGGCUUCCGGAUUUCGAUUCCCCCGAUCCAGACUUCCUGGCUGCCAACAAACGUUCCCCAAACACUUUUAUUACAUUGUUAACGGUUGAUUUGGCAACUUUUAGCGAUUUUGCCAGCUUUGCGUGCGAGUAGCUCAGAUUUUCGCGAUGCGCGAGCAAAAUUUUGAUACGCUGCUCUUCUUCCUUGGACGGCAUUUUGACAACUUAAGAGUGAAUUCCAAAAUCAAAAUAGGAGCAACCAGCGUGCCUACAGCUACAGGUGGUUGCAUAUUGAGAAAAAGUAGGCGAGGGGUAUCAAAAGUUUCUCAUUGGUGGGGGGUGGAGACGGUGCGCUUUUUGACAGCGAAUUGUUCGCCUACCAUGCCUACGAUUACGAUUGCCUGUCACAAGAUGGACGAUUCCGUGUAUUGGUAUAAGAACACACCCGAAGCUGUACACGCCCUGGGAGCAACCAUGAUGCAUCAAGGAUGGUGAUCUCACGGAAGAUCAAAAGAUUUCAAACCGUACUGGGGUUUACUUUAUUUUAUUAUAUUUAAAUUGAGUUUUCGGAAAUAAAGCUAUAAUAUGAGUAUAUUCAAUGAAUGAAAUAGUAUUCUAAACACUUUUUUUAAUAAAAUUACAAUACAGUUCGGUCUUUCCGUAUGUUCCGAAAAAGAAAAACUUUUCAUUGACCGUUAUGAUAGAAAGGAUCUUAAAGGGUGAAACAAACAACCAAAACCCUAAACCGGAUGUUGCUUGCCCCUUAUUCUUGUUACCUUAUCCAAAGAGCUAUUUUGUUUCCCUCCAAUCGAAAACUGUUGGAUGAAAAUAAAAAUAAAUCGGUUCUGCUAAAAGAAUGCUAGAAAUUCUGCUAUUGAUAAUUUUCACGAUUAAAUGAUAAACGAUUUUAUGAUUCGAGAUUUUAUUUUCAAAUAAAUGUUGCACCAUGUGAAUACUGCUUAAGCCUUUUUUUAAUAUUAACAUAUUCAGUUAAUCUACCUUCACCACCACCCACGAGCAGCGCUGAGCUGGAGCUUAUUACUGCACUCAAGGAUGACUAGCAAUUGGACAGCAUCACCCGCAGGAAUCUUUCAGGGGCUCAAUCCUUUCCGGACAAUCAACAGUCGGCAGUGAAUCGAACUGAUUCCCCAACCCACUCAUCGAACUUAUCGUCAUGCUCAGGCGCUUCUUUAUCUCGUUGAAGACCGGAUGUUCCUGCAGGAGGGCCAGCCGCUUCUCGGACGAUGGAAUGUAAAGCCUCGCCAUGUUACCAUCCGAUUCGAUGACUUUCUGCUGCUUCUAGAUAGCUCUUGAAAAAAAAGUGUUGAAUAAGCAUAAAUUUGUCAUAAGUAAUGCAAAAUCAAUGUUACUCAUCGCUACCGACAAAGCUGGCACCGUCGUUUAUAGGUCCAACCUCUUCCAGCUUUGCUUACCAGCCCGGAGCUCAGCCGGAAGAUUUUGUUUCGAUUCUAUGAAUUAUAUUUGCAAAAAUCAAGACGAAAUCUUUGUCUAAGCAAUAUCUUGAUGAUUGGCAAAACUUCGUGUUUUACAAAAAAUCACAGCACCUGGCAUCCCAGCCAGCCAAACAGCCAGCUGUCAAAUUUCGGCUGCGUUUCGCCCCCUCCUCCGCAUCCAACCCUCGUCUACUUUUUGCCAAAGUGAGACCACCAUAUCUAGAUUCCAUCAUGGGAGCAACAUUCUACACACACACACACCUUCAAAAUGAGGGGUUUUCAGGUUUUUGAAAUGCAAAAUUGAAAGAAAUACGUCAAGUUGAUAUCGACCAAAUAUUGACCGUAUCACCCUUUAAGGAGUGUAUUCGAAAAAAAAUGCAACACUUUGUUUCGUGAAUAACUUUUGAAUGCAUGGAUGGAAAUUUUCAGUGAAGGUACCUAGUAAUGUAAUGUGUACGUGCACAAUAUGACAAUCUGUCAAGUGGUUUUUGAGAUAGCGUCCAAUAUUGAAGUUCAUUGACAAAAUUUUUUGGGCUGGAUCGAGAAAAAUCCAGGAAAGUCCCAGUGGGAGACCCAAAAACAGCUGGAAAUCAACAAAUUCGAUUAAAGUUCACAUGGUAAAUCAUUUAAUAAGUCCUUGAGGAACAAAACGCAAGCUAAAAUUUGUAUAAAAGAGAAGAUUGUUGAUUCCAUGAAGUGAGAGGAAUGUGAGAGGUUUUUUCAAGCUCAAUCCGAAAAUAUCAAUGAGUAAGUGAUAAUAAAGUCAUUUUAUUGCCUGGUUCGUCCAGCAGACUUAUAAAUAGGCCUGACUCAUUUCUACAAGGUAGAGAAGCUGCCCACCGGUAAAAUAAAGAAAAUACGGUGGUAAAUUCGUUCGCCAAAUAUUUGGACUGCUUGUUGAGAGAUAUUCUUUAAAAUUUCGUAAUGGACAGCGGAAAACGAACGUCACCUGGCUGGUUUCCACCCAGAAGCUUUUCGUUCACAAGUCUCGCCUGUAUUUCCCGGAGAUAAACAAGGAGAAAAAAUUUGAAAAAAAUUAAUGUCUAGUAACGAUUGACACAGGAUGAAUGGCUAAAAAUACAAAGAAGACUGCCUCCAAAUGCGACCGUUUUCUCUGCAAAGCUCUUCGAUGGGUCCCACAAAGUAUUUACUCUGUUUAAGUUGGAUCUGGAAUCGUGCCAUUACGCAAAAACGGUGGUGGGGUGAUAAUGGAGGGCAAACGGCUAAAUUUGUUAUAACUUCGAUCAAAUGAAAAGGUCAAGCUUCAGGAAACAGUAAACGUAAUCAAAAAUUGCCUUGAUAGCAUAGCAUGGGGAGACAACACACAUCUGGCUUUGGCUGAUACAAGAGGUACAACUGAUAAUCAUAACCAUCACAUGAUGCUAAAAUAAUACCGUAUUUUUUUUCACCUGGAGGCAAGCUAGAGGCAACCUAGGUUCGCUCUAACUGCUGUCAUCGUGCUCAUUUAUUGCUCGAGAGGUAACCUAGGUUCGCUCGAAGUUCACCAAUACUCUCAACGUUGUUGUCAAAACAUUAAACAGCUGUUUUGGGCUGAAAGCAAAACAGUUGAAAUAAUGACCGGGAAAAUGAUGAUUGCCGCGAUUUUGAACCUCUCAGCCAAGCAAAAUUGUACUAUCUGCUGUCCAGUGCAAUCCGGUCACGAAAAAGGCAAUCCGGAUGUGAAGAACUGAAUGAAGAAAUCUAGAAGGGAGAACAAAAUGACAGCUGCAUGUAAACAUUGCGCUCGUUCUCACGCACACCUACGUAUGGAAUAACUCGAAACCCGAAAAUCGUUUUUUUAUUCUGACAGUUCCAGAGCCAAAUCCGGAAUAAAAAAAAAUACGCCAUAAGUAUCUGAAUUCAGUUCUCAUUUCAAGUGUUACUUUUGAAAAUCAGUGUGGUACCAUAUUGCACAUCGCGACAAGUCAAUGUAAUCAUCGUAGGGAAGAACUGAAACAGCUAAACAAACUCUUUAGGUGCAUAAGGGGUCUGGAAGGGUACAAUAUGGGAAAUCCCACUUGGCAAAUAGGAUUGAAAAGUUUCAACAUAAACUAAUCUCACCAAAAUCUAUCGUCAGCCGGUGGUGACUUCACACACUUCUUAUCCUCGGCAGCGUGUUGUUCGUGAUGGACUCAACGGGUUUUCAAUUCCUUUUCAUCUUCACAUUUCGUAACUAUUAGGCACAAAUUAAACUGUUAAACUGUUUAGGUUUCAAGAUUCUUGAAAAAUUUCCAGCCGAAAAAAACACAACCUUCAUCGACGGCCACAGCCUACCAAGUUUCCAACGUAAUCAAAAAUUGCCUUGAUUUGAAAAAAGGUGGUUUAGAGUAUACACGUGUUGCCCAAAAAUUAACACGUUCGUCGCCACGGCACCCAUAUUCGGGUGACGGGUGUAUUUCCUGGGGGGUCCCGUCACAUCAAAAAGCGUGUGACGCUCUUUUACUUGAGUUUACCGCUUAGCUUCGCCACACGUUUCAAAUAUGAGAGUUCUCCCUCUUUGCCUUCUCUCUCUGAAAAUUUCUUUGGGCCCCGCUAGUAAAACUACCGAAAUGAGCGUGGCGACGAACGUGUUAAAGCCGAAAAAUUUCUUCAUCGGGGGCUAUCUCAGAAACCACUUGGCAGAACAUCACAAAAAUUUGCAUAUGUAAACAUAUUUAUCAUUACCAAAUAACUUCGCAGAACAUGUCAUCAGUGGGGUGAGGUGAAAAGGGCAUACGUUGAACAGCUAGAAUCCCGAGCCUCGGAUUUGCCGAAGACGGAACAGUCGAAGAACGGUGGUGUGGAAUCAAGAAGGCCUUUAUCACGACGAGCCAUGGUACUCACGGUAAAGUUAGUGGAAGAAGAAGUGAAUGGAUGUCGGAUGAAACUUGGAUGGUCGAUGAUCGGAGAAAAACGAAAGUCGGAAUUGAGCAGGCAUGUACUGGGUCAGCCAAAGCAGCUGCCCGCUUACGAUAUGCGGAGCUGGAAAAGGCAGUUAAACGAGCUUGUAGACGAGACAAGAGAGCCUGGACAAACUCCCUAGCCGAAGAGGGAGAAAGAGCCGCCGCCAAUGGAGAUAUCCGAUUACUUUACGACAUUUCUCGCCGCCUUAGUGAUGCAAGGACUAAUGCUAGAAUGCCGCUAAAAGACCGAGCAGGUCACUUGUUGACCGAUCGAACAGAUCAGCUCAAACGAUGGACUGAGCACUUCGAAAAACUCUUCCCGAGUCACGAAUACCGAUGGCCAACAGAACCCGCAGCUCGAAGCGCCAACAGUAUGUAAGUCGCAUAAAUGACGUCAACUCGGAAGCGCCCUCGCUGGCUAAAAUAGAAGCGGCCACAGGGAUGUAUCUUAUCACCGCUACUUUUUCUAAACUUAAUGGAUGAGAUUCUGACACCGAACCGAGGAUUGCCGUGGAAUCCUUCAACAAUUGAGCAACUGACCGACCUUGACCUGGCUGACGAUAUUGUUUUGCUCGCUCAAACACAACCGGAUAUGCAGAGCAAACUCUCCACCUCACCGAAAGCUCCAAGGCAGCAGGUCUCAAAGUCAAUGUCGGAAAGACCAAGUCGAUGGAGAUCAACACAGCAAAUUCCUCCAGUUUCAUGGUAGCUGGGCAACAGGUUGAGAAAGUGGAGUGUUUCCAAUAUCUUGGUAGCCAGAUAACGCCUGAUGGUGGAACCGAGAAAGACAUCGAAAUCCGGAUCAGAAAAGCUCGAUUUGCAUUUGUGAGUCUCCGGAACAUCUGGCGCUCACGUGAGAUAUCUCUACGAACGAAAAUUCGAAUCUUUAACUCUAACGUCAAAUCCGUAUUGUUGUACGGGUGCGAAACUUGGUGCACAUAUGCGGUAACGACGCGAAAACUGCACGUAUUUGUAAAUCGCUGUCUGUGGAAUAUCAUCCGCGCUUGGUUGCCUGGAAACUGGAUCGCAAAUGAGGAACUAUAUCGCCGGUGUCAUCAUGGGCGCUAGAAAUCGAGAUUCCGGAACGUAAGUGGAGACGGAUUAAGCAUGAGGAGAGAAACGUUUCCUAUAAAUACUGCAAUUCGUCCUACGAGAUAUGAAUUCAACCAUUUAUUCUGUGGAUUAGGAAGACUGGAUCGGAGUCAGUUCAUGUGAUACAUCAUUCAGAAGUGUCUCUUUGGUCAGUUCGGCGAGACAAGUUAUAGGCAUCCAUGAAUUUUGGAUAUUUUUACCGAAAAGGUUAUAGUUCUGUAAAACAUAAGGUUUGGUAAUGUUUACCAAAAUACCAGCAAAAAAGCAAUGUUAACUUUGAAUGUUUUUUGGAAAACCAAAAAAAAGAAUUUGUGAUGAGCUCGAAUCACUUAAUUCGUAAUUUUCAAGCUAAUUCCAAUUUUGUUCCAUUCAUAGGCUCAGUGUUGUUCUAGAUAUUUCAUUGAAUUGAAUAAAACGGUUAUCGUUCCCCGUAUGACCCCAAUAUACUUGACCAGACAGAAUACAUUUUCCAUUUAACGAUUUUCAUGGUAGCACAGCGGGCUCCUCUGCAAUUUGGCCGGGAGCCAACUGUUGGUCGAUUCUCGAAGCCAUUUUCUCGUUCUGAAGGUUGCCUUUGAGAAAUAAAUCAGCUAAAAUGCUGUUCAUGCCCCCUUACAACAUACAUAUGUACUUGAGCAUGGAACAACCCUCGACAAAAAGGGAAAUCAGCAACGAUUGAUCACUAUUAAGUGGAGAUAGAUUUUUUUUUGUAUCAUAAUUUGCAGCUUUAUUUUAAUUUUAUUUCUUACUUAAGUAAAGUCCCCAAGUGAUACGUUCAUCCAAAAUUUGAGCCACUUUUGUCAGCCAGCACUACAAAUUUCAUCAAUCAUAUAAACUUCGUUGUACAUUUAAAAGAAUAUUAAACAAAACAAAUUCAAAUAUAGCUGUUGUGAAAAUCAAACUAGCUGGGAUGUGUAUUAAGAUCUUUCUUGCUUUCUCAGUGUAAGGAUUUCUUCUAAAUUUCUCGUUUUUUUUUUUCAAAAUAUUUACAAUCAAAUUCAAUCAUCACCAAUUGAAGAUACGCACAUAAAUUUUGAACAGCGAGCUUUCCAAAAUUAUGGAAUGAACAAAAUGAAAAAUCCAAAUCAAGAGUUUGUUUCCAACAAAGUGGAGCAAACUUUAAUUGUUUAGCAAUCAGGCUCAUUUUUUCACCUUUAAAAUAAAAUGCAAAAAUCCCCAAUCAUUCCUGAAAAAAAAACAAACGAAAAAUCAUCUUGUACAGUAAUGUGUAAACAAACAAACAAAAACUCGGGCGUCUCAAAAAGUGUAAUUAAACUGGAAAAAGAAACAAAUGUUGCCGAUUAAAAAAAAUGACACUGUAGCAUUCAUCUACAUGCUGUAGAUAUGGUCAACAAACAGGCAUUAUUCAUUCGCAAACCAAAACAAAAAAAAAAGAGGAAAUAAGUUUAAAGUAAAAUGAAACAAACGCAAAUUCAAGUGAGAAAACAGAAAACAACGUGAUAUUUUAAAAGAGAAAAAAAAACUCGAAUGACAUUUGUCUGUCAUUGUGUAACGAUUAUUACGCUAGGGAUGUCAGCAGAAAAAUUUAUCGUUAGUAGGUAUUACGAAUGAAAAAACUCUCUCAAAUCUUGUAGUUAAACAUUUGAAAAUAGUUUACAAUUCUAUUGAGAAAAAAGUUUUUCCGUAUUGUACAAUUUUGUCAAAACCUCUAAUUGUUCUCAUAUUUUUUUUAAUUUUCCAUAGAUAAAUAUAUUGUAUUGAAAUGCUUUUGAAAGUAACGAAUUUUAAACGCAGCAUCUGAAUCUAGUCCAUCUAGUCAAACUGCAUUUUACAAUUGUUCGAAAUGAUUAUUUUGAAAAUUGCAACCUGAAAGCCGAUUCCGGUUUAAAAAUUUGAAGUAUACUAUCCAGUUGAACUUGCUUUUUUACAUAUUUAAAAUCUAAUUAAAUGAUAUUUGAAAUUCUAUCGAUUUUCUAUUCCCGGUUGUGAGGUUUUAUCCGGAGCAACUGUGGGAUUUUUUCCGAUUUUUUUUAACUAAAGAAAACUCAACUUAUACAAUACAAUGCUGCUAUGUACAGAUAUUACAGUUAUGAAACUAACAAUGAAGAAAAAAUCAAAGUAUAAAUACACACACAUCUAUAGAGUAGGUUAUCUCUUGUAGAAUUUAAGUAAAAAUGUCAUCGUUGCAAAUUGUGUACAUUUGGUCAAACAUUUUUCUCCAUUCGUCAUAGAUAUUAAUUAAAAAUAUAUAUAGCUGUACAAAGAAAAAAAAAUUUAAAUAAAAUCCACCGUCAACAAAAAAUAACCAUCAAAAAUCACUAACGGAUGCGAACAACCCGGCAUCAAACAAUUAUCAUUGUCAAGUCGAAUUUUGUGCUCUUUAUCUUGAGUGUAAGCAAAUGUUAUUCAGUGUGUCAAUCGAAAUGGACUCUUUGUAUACAGUUUUAAGAAAAGAGAGAGAGAUUACAGCAGUUUAAAUUAGCCUGAAGAAGAACCCCUCAUCCAUCAUCCAUUCCAUUUCACUCACUCGAGAGAGCAGCAGCAAUCAGGCAUAUUAGGCAAACUUUCUUAUUUGAAAAGCCCCUCAAUCGAGGGACAGGCCAUAGCACACGAAACUGGCGAAAAGCUUUCACGCAGUCAACCAAAUAAAAAACGUCGCAAGAAGAACAGAAACCCCAAACCAAUGUUGCAUAUAUAAACAUAACUAAGAGUGAUAUCAAAAAUGAGGAGAAAAAAACACAACUUACAAAUUCGUGUAGCGAUCAGAAGAUGAAAAAAAAAAAUGUUUUCUAUAUACAUAGGAUGAAUGGUUGUUAUUCUUUUCCCAGCAAAAAUAAUAAAAACAAACAAAGAAGUAAACAAUUAAAAAAACACAAAACCAAUGGUUAAGAUGUGAAAAGAUAUGUAUAUCUUAUUUUAAUGUUUUCAUUAAAAACAAAAGAAAAAACUUAACUAAAGCGCAGUCUAUACUAAACAAGCAGAUUAAACGUAGAUACGAUCGAAUCAAAUAUAUUGAAACAGCAACAACUCUGAAAAAAACAAGAAAGAGCGAGAAAAACAACUACCGAAAAAUGCCAUAAAGUAAUGUGUUUAAACACUCAAAACAAGAAACCACAAUAAAGUCAAACCUAAAGUAACAGCAUAUAAAUUAAAAAAAAAACGACAGCCGGCUUGAGAGCUAGUUAUAAACAACAAUUAUCCGCUACCAAUCAAUAGGUACAAACAAAAUCGAUGGGAAAGAAAUCUAGAUGGAAGGUAUAUGAAUUAAAUUGAUAUAUGAUUAAGGAA